UGUACAUCGUACUAUGUACUGCCUAUGCACCUAGCCAAGCCUCACCUCCAAUAGUUAGUUAGUGACUGGACCUGCUGGACUCGAAAGCAACCAUUGAACCAGUGAGUGAGCUGGCAUUGAAUGGACAAGGAUAACCCUAGUCGCCUAGAUCAGGAAGAAACAUCUUGGGCAUCGGAUUUUGGACGGUCAUUAAUGCGGAAACUCAAUUAGAUCAAGACCUCUUCAUGAGGUUCGACUGUUUUGAUACUUUCUUUUAUUAACCAAUUUUUCCGAGAAAUGUCUCUCAUGACGCUAUGGACUUUUGGUCGCGCCUCAUAGCAAACACCCGCUUGUCCUCGGGAAGCUCCAGCAAGGAUGCUGCUCGGGAUCCCAUAAGGCGCCGCCAACGGUACGAGAAAGAAUAUGGUCAACUACUGCAAAUAUGGCGAAAUUGUGCAAACCUCUCGAGGGACGAGGACGCUGCCGAGAAUCUCGAAAUCCGACUCCAGGCCCUCACCAACUUUCUUUCUGACGAGUCUCGCCGACCGCUACCCCAUCCCUGCAUAGCUUUCUCUGCCACCAAACAGAUUUAUGUUCCGAUUGCCAAAAUAGCAACGUCUUCUUAUAACGAAUGGAUCAUUAAAGAAGCCGUUCUAUUCUUCGCCACCCUCAUCGAGAGUGAGGAGGAAGGUUUCGUCGAGAAUGAAGCCUUUUCUGCGAGCUUGACUAAUCUUCUAGUCCGUAUCACUGGCGCCAAUAGCAUCCGACUUGGGCCGGAUACUGAAGUAAAGGUCGUCGAACUCGCCUUCAACAUCACCACCAAGAUUCGACUCGAACCUGAUAUCCUUCCCGUCUGGUUCAAGUCCCGCACCGAACCCCGUCCUGACGAUGACAAAACUAAGGACCCGAGAGAAAAGUUCGCUGGUAGAACUCAGAAGCAAGAUUUCCCUCUCUUUUAUUUGUUGAUGGACUAUAUACAUCAUGAGGGGAAAAUCGGCGACUUUGCUCGAACUGGUCUGCUCUACAUCAUCGAAGCGGCCUCGUCUUCUAUCGCUCUUGAGCAAUGGAUUGUGGAAAGUGACCUUUCGACCCUAAUGGCUACUGGACUUGGGGCCUUGUAUAGUCAGCUCAGUCGAAAGCUUGUUAUCGACCACCCUACAGAAUACCUCCCUCCAGUUCUCGCUCUCUCCGAUUAUGAGCAUCCUACAUCAACCUUUGAAAUUGUUAGCUCCUGUAGUCCAGACUUCCAGUUACACCUGGACACCUUCCUUUCCCAUUUAUUAUUUUGGCAGGACGUUCUGAACCACUGUCGAUCAGUGGAAGUCAAGUCAACACUCCUUGAACAUUUUCAGGUCAUCUUCUUACAGCAGUUAUUGUACCCUUCUCUUUUGGAGUCAUCUGAUGUCGAUGGAGGCUCAUCAGUUGCUGUUUUAACUUAUCUUCGACGCAUACUGGAGACGUUAGACCAUCCCGACAUGAUCAACCUCGUUCUCCAUUAUCUACUAGCUCUUCCCGAUUCGGAAUCAGCAGACGCUUUUACUGCCGAGCCGUCUGUGAGCGCUGCAAGAAAACGGAAAUCAAUGGAUCUUGCCAGCAUGAUGGCUACUAAAGUCGAAACUAGCUACACACCUCUCCUGUUUAAUUUAGUCGAUUUAAUUCACUCAGGUCUGAAGUCUCGAAACCAGCAGACUGUGUGUGUGACGCUUCAACUCGUAGCGGCGAUCCUUAAGCGGCACCACCGAUAUGCGACCACCACGCUGCUUCACACCGAGAGCAUUGAUAGUGAUACUUCGCGUAGGACUAUAGGCGCCCACCAGCAAGAGGUCGAAUUCCUCACAACUCUAGCCGGGGCUGUUGGAGGACAGGACAACUUCGAUGAGGUCUACGAUAACAUCUUGAAGGAUAGCAUGGCACGAGUAGAAGGUCAUCCGUGCUCUCUCAAGCUUGUAGCACCAAGGCUUUCAACAAACAACCACAAAUUGCCCGCUAUUCCUGAUAGCUUGCCCGGUGCUCCUCGGGAUGUACCGCCACAUACACUUAGUGCAAAUGACCCUCUCUUUAACAGCAUUCUAGAUCUUCUCGAAACAUUCUUUAUCAACCCCGUCGAGAUGAAUUUAUCGGCGACAGAGACGAUCAUUGACCUGACCGUCUGUGGUUACAUAUCUGUGGAAGGAUGGCUCCUCCGUCACCCGAGGGGGUAUUCUUACGACGAGGAUGCGGAUGAAUCCGCGUCCUCACCUUUAGAUACUUCAGUUCCAUCAUUUGCCGAAUAUGAGAAGUUGCAGGCAAUUGUUAGAUGUCGUCGUCGACCCGCAUGGCAAGCAUCAACUCUUCCCCGUAUACUGAAUGUUUUGGAGUCUCUUGCAGACCAGGUUGAGUAUUUUCGAGGUUCGGUCCCGAGAUUCGACGACCUUUUACAGCAACGUCGUGAGGCCUUCAUGACGGCUGACGCCAUCGUUCCAAACCCAACGAGCGCCCGACAGCGUUCCACGACGGGGGCCUCCAUGCCGGACCAAGCAAGCCAAACCGAUUCCCGCGGGACGUCGCCGACGCGGCCUAGUGCACUUGAGGGCUUCGCACAGAGGAUAUUGUCUGAGCUCGGAACCCCAACUCCACGUGAGCGAAAUGAUACAAUGCGAGGUUCGAGUGCAAGUACAGGGUCCAAUUUUCCGGGUGGGUAUGGGCUUGCGACUUCGUCGAACUAUGACAGUCCGACUAAGGCUGGAGUGGUACGAUCCUUUUCACCAGGAAGCCACCAUUCCGAACGGGAUAGUCCAGUAAUCAGUCAACUUACUGCAUUCGCGGCGGUUGAUCAAGGCAUACUUAACCGACAGGUCAAUCUACCGCCACAAAAGCUCGAGCCGAUUCCACUAGACUUUGAACGAGAAAAGUCCCAUGACUCGUCAGAAAUGGAUGAACAGCAAAUUAACAGAAGUAAAGGAGAAGAGCCCGCGGAAGAACAGGAUGGUGAUAACAAUAGUGAAGUUGAUAACACGUCUAUUGCUCCGACGCCGCCCGAAACUCCCCCUGAAGCCAAGACGGCUUCGGUCUCGCAUAUUUUAACUAAUGUUAUUAUCUAUCAGCAAUUCUUGUUAGAAUUGGCGAGCUUGAUCCAAGUUCGGGCGGGCUUAUUCGAAGAAGUCAAGUUUGCUUAGGUUAUUGUAAGGUUUGAUGAUUGAUUUACAUAACCAUCACAAGUGAUGGCAAUUUUGGUUUGACUUGUCUUUCGGAGAGAGCCUGAAGAAUACCCUACUUGCACCAUGUAUAUCGGUAGCAGAACGCUGCGCCUCAUUAGAAUUGUCGGGGGGGGAGGGGCUGCGAGGGAGAGCAGCACUACAUUUGCAUUGAUAUGGCGAGUCGCGAUUACACAUAUAGAAGUCUCGGGGAGUAAUUGUAUUUGGCUUUGUUCUUCCGAAGUAUUUCUUUUUCUUCUUUUCUGUUCUGUGUUCUGUCUCGACUUACUACAACCAUGAUAGAUACCACUUUAUCGCAUCCUAUUUCUUUUGUCCGGGGCAAGUCCCGACCCUUACGUCUUUUACAAUUGCCUUGAUGUCUUCAAGAGAUAGCUACCUACCUAGGCACCUAACCUACAUCAAUCGUACCAAAUUCUCGGUGGGCAUGGGUCGCCGAGCUUGGGGGGUUGAGGGGAAACUGCUGAUCUUGUAAAUAGCCUCCCUAAUAGGGGAAGUAAGUAUAUGUAUAUGGCAGAAAUCGGUUACAAAAUAAAUUGUUUAUACCUCGA